GGUUGACGUGAACACCAGAGAAGCUCUUGGUCCACACAAACGAGGAGAAAUUCUUGUUAAGGGUCCUGCUGUCAUGGCAGGGUACAUAAACGAAAGAGGAAAACCAUACAACAUGGUGAGUUUCACAGAGGACGGCUGGCUGAAGACCAGUGAUCUGGGCUUCUACGAUGAAAGAGGACAUCUUUACGUGAUUGAACGGAUCACUUUCGUGUACAAGUACCUGACCAUGAUCACGUCACCAGCGGAGGUCGAAUCGAUUCUGCUAGAACACCCGGACGUGCUGGAGGCAGGAGUCGUCACCUUCCCCGAUCGAGAUUUUGAUAAUCUGGCCAAGGGUCUUGUGGUGAAGAGGCCUGGCAGCAAGUGCACCGAGGCCGAUUUGGUCAAAUUUGUUGCGGACCGGGCGGCCAUCAAUAAGCACCUGCACAAGGGCAUCCAGUUCGUCGAUUCUCUCCCAAUGAACAUGGGAGGAAAAAUUGACAGGCACGCCCUCAGGCGCUUGGCCGUAGAAUAGAAUUUGGAUUGAUUUACUUUUUAAUUUCAUACAAUUAGCAAUUGGAAUUUUGGUGGUUCAAUUGACUUUUAUUGUUGGCCAAAAGGCUUUUCUUGAGAAUGAUGAAGUUUUAAAUUAUUUUACACAGCUUUUAUCUUUAACACCAAUGAACACAUAUACUUUAUGAUCUUGAUAACACAUCAAAAUUAGCUCACACAUACUAUGAUAAAAUAGACGAUAAGAAAUGUAGCCUUAAAUUAAUGUCUUAACCUUAAAUCAAAAAAGGAAAUAUGCUUUUAGCUCAAGUUAUGGGGACUACCUAUCGGCGUAAUUAUGCAACCUGCACGUCAGGUCACUUUUGCUCCCCACUCAUCGCUGCAGCGGCUAUCAUAUCCACAAACCCUGUAGCAGCCGAAGCGACAUGAGUGUCUAAGCUAAAACGCAAAGCGAUCUCACGCCUGAGCUCUCGCACCACUCGUCGUCGUAAAGCUGUUGGCCGAGGGUGCCUUAAAAGCGUGUGUUAGCUAAUUAACGAUAUGACCCGGACUCGGGUUCUACUUCUACUUCGAACAAUAUAGCACGCAUUAAGGAAAAAGUGAGGUGUUUGAAGUAUCCCACACAGCCUAGCUAUUCGAGCACCCACAAAGUUUACGACGAGUUGAAUUGUUGCAGAAAAUGAGUUAAUCUAAAUAAAAAUCUAAAA